UAAACUAAAGAUCAUCUACUUGUCAGUGCACUUUUUCCUUAAAUCUCGCGAGAUUUCAGAACUGGAGCGUUGUGGCGGCGAGAAUACACUAGUGAGACUGUGGAGUUGUUGUCGGAGAGAGCGAGAGGGGGGGCAGAUAGAGAGUAGAGAGGAGGGAAGGCUAGAGUGUAAAAAAAUAGCAAUAGGAAGAAGCAAUACACGAAAGUUAUCAUGGCAUCGGGGGACACCCUGUACAUAGAAACGGAUGGCUCAGAAAUGCCGGCCGAAAUAGUUGAAUUGCACGAAAUCGAAGUAGAGACAAUCGAGACCACAGUUGUUGGAGACGACGGUGAGCACCAGCCUAUGAUCGCCUUACAGCCUCUCGAUACAGAUGAUCCGAACUCCAUUCACCCGCACCAGGAGGUGAUUUUGGUGCAGACGAGAGAAGAAGUGGUGGGUGAGGAUGACUCCGAACUGCACACAGAUGAUGGUUUCGAGGACCAAAUUCUUAUCCCAGUGCCCGCCGUGGAGGAGGACUAUAUCGAACAGACUCUGGUUACUGUGGCCGGGAAAAGCUCGUCAACAGGCCGGAUGAAGAAGGCUGGAAGCGGAAAGAAAUCGGGCAAAAAGAGCUACCUGAGUGGGGGAGAAAUGGGCAGAAAAUGGGAACAGAAGCAGGUCCAGAUAAAGACGUUGGAGGGGGAAUUUUCAGUCACUAUGUGGGCAUCGGAUGACAAAAAGGACAUAGACCACGAGGAGCAAAUCACAGGAGAAAACUCUCCUCCAGAUUAUUCGGAAUACAUGACAGGGAAAAAGCUUCCUCCUGGAGGCAUCCCAGGCAUUGACCUGUCAGACCCCAAACAGCUGGCAGAGUUUGCAAGAAUGAAGCCGAGAAAAGUAAAAGAAGACGACGCGCCCAGGACGAUAGCCUGUCCACACAAAGGAUGUACUAAGAUGUUCAGGGACAACUCUGCAAUGAGAAAACACUUGCACACCCACGGGCCUCGGGUGCACGUCUGCGCAGAGUGCGGCAAAGCGUUUGUCGAGAGUUCGAAAUUGAAGAGGCAUCAACUCGUACACACGGGAGAGAAACCUUUCCAGUGCACAUUUGAGGGCUGUGGCAAGCGGUUCUCCCUGGACUUUAACUUGCGCACACAUGUGCGUAUUCACACUGGAGACCGUCCGUAUGUUUGCCCCUUUGAUGGCUGCAACAAAAAAUUUGCCCAGUCCACCAACCUGAAGUCUCACAUCCUCACACACGCCAAAGCCAAAAAUAACCAGUGAAUGAGCCGCGCUUCAGACGAACGACAACGUAAGCAAACACUGGAGGAUUUGACCUGUAUGUCCACUCCUUCGACAGCCAAAUGAUCCCUUGGCCUGCUUUGUUGUGACAUAAGAAGUCCCUUUGUGUUGCCUCUAGGUAAAACGUUUAAACGGAAAAAGGCGUCUUCACAAACUUUUUGAUACACAGAGGUUUUCAACAAGCAACUUGUGAGAACCCCGACCCCCUCAGGCCUCUUACCCUACUUUGGCUCUACCUGGAUGGAACAACUUAACAGUUUCUUCUUGUGGAGAUAUUAUUUCAUGGAUCUGCACCCAAGAAACUUAUUUAUAUCUUAAGACGAGCAGUUUAAAAAAAAAAAAAAAAAAAGUUUUUGCAAUAUUCUUCAAAUUUGCGUCAAUCCUUAGCAAUGACACAUUUUCAAUUUUGUACUUUUCCCCAAGUGUGCAUAUUGUACACUAAUCAACAGAAGCCCUUUUCAGACAUGGGAUCUGUGAAAGUGAUGGCGUUCUGUCCUUCAGAUGUAGGUCAUUUUUAUGUUUAUGUUUUUCUCAAAGUUUUAUUUAGACACACACACGACAGUGAUUGGGAGAGUCGCAGUACGCAUGCAGUACUUGCCCUUCCUGGAAAAGCCUUGUUGACUCUGUGACAGCAGGUUUUCUCAGGAUCGACUCUUUUCACUGUGUUUUUAGUUUCUUCUGUCAUCGUCACUAAGAGCAGGUUGUGUGUAUAUGUGCUGCUCAGAGAGCUGCACGCUGCCUCUCGCACACAGGCUCAGAGAAAGAGAGAUGUCUCUUCUGUUUACUGAAAGAGGAAUGUCUUUAUCAUAAAUUAGAACCUGAUUUUGGAGAGAUUUGUAUGUAUUGCUGUUGAGGGCAUUCCCUCAUGAGUUCAGCAACUCGCAAAGUUUAAAUGGAAACAUGCACAGUCAAAAUCACUCACAUGCCCCUCUCCUCAUUUGACUGCAUGCAUUCAGAUUUGUCUUGAAAAGUUAGAAGUAAACGUUUCCAGGUCCGACCUAACGAGAUUGCCAUUUAAGGAUAAGCGAACAUACACUUGGGUAGCUGAUGCAUUCAGGUGCCCUCAAAAUUAAUGAAAGGGAUUGCAUGUCUGAAAGGGGCUGUAGGCUCUAUGGUAAUGUAUGUAGUCAGAUUGUCUCUGUAGCUCUUCUUCGAAGAGGUUUCGGUUUGUUUUACCUCCUCCCUUUCUUCCUCACGAGUGUGUUUCGAGGAUGUGACUGGGUGGUCUCUGCAUAUUUUCAUUUUCUACAACACAAUAUCCUGUAGAUCAUAGACAUGUGAUUUUCAAUAGUAAUCAGUGAUUAAAAUAUUUCCCCCUUGCACUA